CGGACGAAACCUCAGCCUCUGUGCGGGUAUAAGAAUUAAGGGUGAUUGUACAUAGAGUGUCCAUGGUCCAUUUGGGUGAUAGGUAGCGGUAAUGCACUUAUGUGUUUGCGAUCCGCCGUAAAACAACAACAACGAAGAAGAAGAAGAAGAAGAAGAAGAAGAAGAAGUUGUUUCACACAGAAAUGGCAGCCCUGCAGCUCGAAAAGCAGCGAGGGCGAUAUGCUGCCCUUGCCAUAGCUGCAGUGGUCAUUGUGGUGGGCAUCCCACUAUGGUGGAAGACAACAGAGACGUACCGCGCUUGGCUCCCUUUCUCUGAGAUCAGCAAACUCGAUUCACUACAGCUUCAGCUAAGUGUUGAUGCAGAGGUGGUCUUCUCUCGGGGGACACUGACUCCAGAACAGCAGAAAAAUGUUCCACUCAGCACUGUUAGAGAAAAAGAACAUGUUGUUGAUGAUAAAACAGGUCUUCGAUACACAUAUGAAACCAAAUAUCGUACUGCCACUAUAAUGGAGGAAGAUGCCUUGAAUCAGCCUACUGCUGCAGAGGCAGAUCUAUCCCUACACAUGCUCACAGAGAGUUCCUGUGGGUCUGUGGUUGUGUAUGUGAUCCCUGAAUCCUCCUCCCUAUUGCCAGAGGAUGUAAAAGUGUAUGUUGGCCAGCGGCGCACAGCGCUGCUACGUUAUUCUCCUGUUCAAGGUUUGUGGAGUUUGAAGGAGGUUCUGUCAAAUCUGGACCCGCAAAUGGAGCAGGUAUUGAACACCAUGUCCUUCAGUCACCAGGAUAUUAUAGCUGCUCUGAGCGACCGUGUUCGCAUGGCCAAAGUCACUAAAGACAGUAUGGCAGACAGCAUGAGAGCCAUCAAAUAUAGUCCAGGCUAUGAGAUCACAUUCAGUCUGCUCAAUCCAGACCCAAAGUCACACAAUCUUCACUGGGAUAUCGAGGGUGCUCUUCAUAGCUACAUUCAGCCUCUACUGAAUAAACUUUCCCCCAUAGCCAACUUUUCAGUGGACUCUCAGAUUCUUAAUUACGCCAUUCUGGGUGUUAACCCUCGUUUUGACAACAGUGUGUCAGCCUACACACUCAGCGCAGACAGCCUUUCACACGUCAUCAACCCUGUGGAGGCCAGACUAGGGUCCAAUGCAGCUUCCUUAAACCCUGUUUUGAACUUCCUGCUGUACGUGCCAGAUGCCCACCACUCUCCUCUUUUCAUCCGAGACCAUGCCAAAAGGGAGGUGCCCUCCAAUGCCUUUCACAGCCCCCGCUGGGGUGGCAUCAUGGUAUAUAAUGUGAAUGAAAUGUAUGGUCCUGAAGCUGAACUACCAGUAGACAUCAAUAUCAACAUGGCAAAAGUGAUGGGUGUGUUCUUGGCGCAGUUACGGCUUCUGCUGGGAGUACAGCAUACUCAUCCUCCCCCAGGCUUUGUGCUGCAGAGUCCAGGCAGUGCUGGACUGGCUGACUGGGAGCUGGAUCGGCUCUUGUGGAGCCGCAGUGUAGAGAAAAUAGCCACUGCCAGCAACACCAUCACCUCGCUGGCUCAGCUUCUCAACCAGAUCGGAAACAUUGUUAUCAACGACAACAUUGCACAGCAGGUCUCUAGUGCAAUAACGUCACUGCAGUUUGCUGUCGCAGAGCUAGAGGCUGGGAAUUUAGCUUUUGCACUUCAGUACAGCAGGGAGGCCAUUUUGGCUUCAGAGAGAGCCUUUUUCGACCCCUCUCUUUUGCAUCUCCUCUAUUUUCCAGAUGAUCAGAAGUUUGCCAUUUACAUUCCUCUUUUCCUACCCAUGUGUGUGCCUAUUGUACUCUCACUGCUGAAAAUUGUGAGCGAAGCUAGGAAAAGGCAAGCAGAUAAACAUGCCAAAAAUGACUGAGAGGCCAGAGUUUGUCUGGUGUAUACAUUUACACACUUGCACUCGCAUAGAGUGUGCAUUUGUUGUUGUUUUAAACACACUUGAACUGAUACAGCAAACUAUGUCAAAAGGUGAUGUGUGGGGUACAUUUUCUCAAUAUUUAUUACACCUGGAGUCUAGCAGAGUCAUCAACUGAAAAAUAAGUUUAAAGUACCUUGACAAGUAAAGUAAUGAUAUGAAAUCUAAGUUCAUUAUCAUUGCUGCGUAAAUUUACAAAGGCAGAUUAUUUACAAAAAUAUUUUUUUUUUAAUUAAUGAAAUAUUCAGUAUGUAAUCAGGUUUUUCUGCACACAUUUUUAAGUCUUUGCACUGCGUGUCUCGUUUUAACACUAACUUUGGGCCAUGAUUCAGCUCCACUUCAUUAAUGUUGGUGAGUGUUUAUUUGGCACACAUUGGUAUAUCUUUUAUUUAAGGAAUAGUUCACCCAAAAAUGAAGAUUCUCUAAUUUAUUCAUGCUAGAUGGUGUUAGGAAGUGAAAUCGAGCUUGAAUCUUGAUUGCCAAGGAGACUGCUGAUGUCAAGAUUUAUUGUGUAAAAGGAGUUAUAUUUUGGUCUGUUCUCGCCCAAAACCGCUUCAGAAGACUUUGAUUAAAACAGUGGAGAUCUAAGAUAUUCUUCAAAAAAUAUCUGUUUGUGUUCUGCAGAAGAGAAAAUGUAUGCACAUCCGGGAUGGUGAGUAAAUAAUGAGAACAUUUUCAUUUUUGGGUGACCUAUUCCUUUAAGGGAUUAAUCUUGGAAUUAAAACAGUCUUCAAGGGAGCAACAAAAAUAACUAGCUUGUGUUACCAUUUAUGAAUGUCAGGGAAUGUUGGGUUGAUGGGUGUUUUCAAUUUAAAUAGGGUCAUGACUCGUGUAUAGCGAGUUUUUAACUGAAAUGAAUGUGAACCUUUGGUCAGGGACGAUAUCACAAUGUAAAAUGUAAUAUGAAUUUCUUAUGUAAAAAUCCUUUUACUCUGAUGUUGACAUAGUUUCAACCUUAGCAUACAGUUUUCAUAAAUGUACCAUGGUCUGAUAUAAUUUUUUUUAUGCUUAUGUUAACAUUUUUUACACUUAAAUUAUUUUAAAUCAAAAUGUGAGUGGAUGAAAGUAUUUUUCAUGGAGCAAACUACUGUUUCUUUCCCCAUUCGUACAGCUCAUGCAGAGUGUGUUUCAUUUGGAAUGAAUUACAGAUGUUUCAGUGUGAUUUUAUUCUGUUUCCAGAAUGUUCCCAGGAUAUCAAAAAUAAAGCUUUA